GAAAUUUCUUUUCUCAUAUAGUGUGUCUGCCUCUCAAAUUUCUUGCGGCAGCUGCCGCGCGCUAUACCUCCGAUCUUGCUGCCACUGCUCUCCAGGACGAAUUUUUUUCUAGGGUUUCCUAGGGUUUAGCGCGCCUUGCCCGGUGGUGGCAUGGCAUGGUAGAUUGUGAGCUCCAGAUGCGUCGGUGAGCUCCAGAUGUGUCGGUCUCGCGAUCAAUGGCGCGCGCGAGGAAAAUCUCUCCCAACAGAUAGCUAGCGGAGGAGGAGGGAUCUCUGGCGAGAGGGAUGGAGAGCUCAUGCGGUGGCAUCGAGGGCGGCAUGAGAAAUUGUAGCAUCAGCGCUGGCGAUCACGGUAAGGUGAGCGAUGGCACGGCCUCGGCGAGCGAUUCCAAGUCGAGCGGCUCCAAGGCGAGCGGCGCUGCGAAAUCCAGCGCCCGGGGGUGCGGCGGUGGGAUUGGGGGCGAGAGCGCCAAGAGCAGCGAGAGCCGGGGCUCUAACAGCAGCGCCGUGAGCGACAGCAACGAUAGCAGCUGUAGCUCCUUCAGUGGCAACAGCAACAAGCCUCACAAGGCGAAUGACAAGCGCUGGGAGGCGAUCCAGGUUGCGAGAACUCGCGAGGGAUUGCUGGGUCUCAGCCACUUCCGGCUGCUCAAGAGGCUCGGGUGUGGCGACAUUGGCAGCGUCUAUCUCGCGGAGCUGCGAUCUACCAGCUGCUACUUUGCGAUGAAGGUCAUGGACAAGGGAUCGCUGGCUAGCAGGAAGAAGGUGCUGAGAGCCCAGACCGAGAAGGAGAUACUCUCCUUGCUGGAUCAUCCAUUUCUUCCCACGCUCUACACACACUUCGAGACGGACAAGUUCUCGUGCCUAGUGAUGGAGUUUUGCACUGGCGGGGACUUGCACACCUUGCGCCAGCGGCAACCAAACAAGCACUUUACGGAACAAGCUGCGAGAUUCUAUGCCUCGGAAGUUCUUCUGGCACUGGAGUACCUCCAUAUGCUCGGGAUCGUGUACAGGGACUUAAAGCCGGAGAACGUCCUGGUGAGAGAAGACGGCCACAUAAUGCUGUCCGACUUCGACUUGUCACUCCGCUGCGUGGUGAGCCCGACUCUCGUCAAGUCUGCUGCCUUGGACGGCGAUCCUCUCCGGCGGCUGCCACUCUACUGCGUCCAGCCAUCCUGCGUCCAGCCGGCGUGCAUCCAGCCAGUGUGCGCGCAGCCAUCGUGUUUUCUCCCCAGGCUCCUCCCGCAGAUCUCCAAGAAAGGCCGGAAGUCGAAGAACGACGUCGGGAACCAAGUGAGCCCGCUGCCCGAGCUCGUAGCCGAGCCGACUGGAGCGAGGUCCAUGUCCUUCGUCGGCACUCACGAGUAUCUGGCUCCGGAGAUCAUCAAAGGCGAGGGGCACGGGAGUGCUGUGGACUGGUGGACUUUCGGGAUUUUUCUCUACGAGCUUCUGCACGGAAAGACGCCGUUCAAAGGCACAGGCAACCGCGCGACGCUGUUCAACGUUGUUGGCCAGCCGCUCAAGUUUCCAGAGGCGUCCGAGGUGGGAUUCCCGGCGAGAGACUUGAUCCGGGGGCUGCUCGUCAAGGACCCGCAGCACAGGCUGGGAUCCAAGCGCGGUGCUACGGAGAUCAAGCAGCAUCCUUUCUUUGAAGGCGUCAACUGGGCCUUGAUCCGAUCGACCGCUCCUCCGGAAGUUCCCAGGCCGUUUGAGCCGGAAGUUGUGCGAUCGACUUCCACUGCUCAAGCUGUAUCAGGGGAGAAAUCUGGAGGAACAGGGACAGGGGCAGGGACAGGGACUGGAGGAGCAGCCAAAGGCGACUCGAAUGGAUCGAGCGCUUAUCUCGACUUCGAUUUUUUCUAGCGGCAUCAUGCUGGAAAAGGUAGAAAAAACCACUUUUUUCUCUCUAGCAGCAUCGGCAGUGGCAGCAGCAGCAGCAGCAGCAGCGAUUUUUAUUUAUAGUUCUAUAAAUUUGGAUCGAUCGAAGAACAAGGAGACGAUUGACGAAGCUGGUGUUGCUUGUAGGUGAAAAAAACGAAAGAAAAAAAAUCCCAGGCGUGACACGGAAGUGACUUGCUCGUUGUCUCCUUUGUUCUUGCUUUCUCUUGAUCUCUACGCUCUCUAUUCAGGUGUAUAUUAUAUAGUGAUCUCUCCAAAGGCGGCAGUACUUCCAUUUAUACCAAGACGCCUCUUCCGGGAACUUGGGAAGAACAAGGAAAAAAAAAAAUAAUCAAUCUUUGUCAAAAGCUUGGUGGUUUGUACCUUGGUGAAAAUCAGAUUUUUUUA